UCUUCUCCUAUUGGUCCUCCACACCCGGCUGACUGCACCAGAACAGGGGAACUUUUGCAGGAUGAGUUCAGUGUGUGAUUUGGCCUCCUGACAACAACAAGUGGUUUCACCGCUGAGAGAGAGAGAGAGAGAGAGAGAGAGAGAUAAACUGCGUCAACACCUUUCUGUUAGAAACAGUAUAAUGACGCACAGGACCAGACUUUAAGAGAAACUGUGCUGUGCGUAAUUAGUGCGUAAUUAGUUGAUUUGGAUCAGCCGGUGCGCACGUUUCAACCUGCACAGGUGGACGGCUGCAAAACUUUGUCGACUCUUUUUGUGCAACUUUUUGUGCAUUUUUUGGUGCAACUUUUUGUGCAACUUUUUGUGCAAUUUUUGGUGCAACUUUUUGUGCAAUUUUUUUGUGCAAUUUUUUGUCCAAACAUGUACAGCAUGAUGGAGCACGAGCUUAAGCCAACCGGCCAGCCUCCCUCUCACCAGACCCAGCAGGGCAUGUCACCAGUCACCGGCCACAUCACCAGCAUCAUGGCCAGCAACAACACUCAUCCUGGCUCCAAAACAGCGUGUGCACCUCCAGGCGUGGACCCCAUGGAUAAAGUGAAGAGACCCAUGAAUGCAUUCAUGGUGUGGUCCAGAGGCCAGAGGCGCAAGAUGGCACAAGAAAACCCCAAGAUGCACAACUCCGAGAUCAGCAAGCGACUUGGUGCAGAGUGGAAGCUGCUCACCGACGCAGAGAAGAGGCCGUUCAUCGACGAGGCCAAGCGGCUCCGAGCGGUCCACAUGAAGGAGUAUCCGGACUACAAGUACAAGCCGAGACGCAAGACCAAGCCGCUGCUGAAGAAGGACACCAUGCAGGUGGGUAAAUACCCUCUGUCGGCUGGGAACCUGCUGGCGGCGGCGCAGGGACAAGGUGGCAGUCCGAGGAUGGACAGCUACGGAUGGGGACCCACCGGAGGUUAUGCGGGCAUGCAGGGCGAGGCGCUCGGCUACACGCAGCAGCUGCACCGGUACGACCUGUCAGCUCUGCAGUACCCACCGGCCAUGACUGCAGCACAGACCUACAUGAAUGGAGCCAACUCUUACAGCCCGAUGUCCUACAGCAGCAGCCCCCAGCAGCCCAGCCCCGUCACCAUGUCCAUGGUGAAAGCAGAACCGGUGUCCCACUCGCCUCCGACGGGGACGCCGAACCACCACCGCGGCCCUCUGCAGGGCGACCUCAGGGACAUGAUCAGCAUGUACAUCCCGGGACCAGGAGGGGACGCCGGCGACCCCACGGCGGCACAGAGGGGCUACGCCAGCGUCCAGCAGCACUACCUCACCGGAACCGUCCCACUCACACACAUCUAGGACUGGAAGUGGGAGUCAUAGGGGGGGAUGGCGGUGGCGGCGACGGUGGGGGGGACCGGAAACAGCUCACGAUGCACAGCUGGCUGGACGGGAGGUGGAGUCUGUGUUGGCGGGACUUUAGACUGGCAAAGAGACACAAGAAGGACACUUUUUUUCUCCCGCAUUAGUAGUUCAGACACACAAGUGGCGACUACAUUUAAAGUUUUUCUACCUCUUUGGUACCACAUAAAGACCACCACACGUACAGAGCGCCCCAAAACCCACCCCCACCCUCCAGCAGACUUCCUCCAUGAAGGACUGCAGUUUAUGUGGGGUGUUUAUGUGUACAUAUUCUGUCUUUUUCUGUCUCCUUUUUUUAUAUUUUAGAACUUAUCCAUAAUAAGAACUCCUUUUUGUUAAUAACACUUGUGACACCGGCACUCAUGACCGUUCCGCCAAACCCAGUCCGUGCCAGUUUAGUCUUCCACUAUACAGCCGCGGCAUAGAGACUAUAAAUGACCUGGCAACCCGGUCGCUGCCGGAUCAGAAUCCCUCAGCUGGUGACAAACAAAUCACCCGAGCUGACGAUGUGGUGGUUUAUUCGUUAUUCGGUCCUGAAGGGGUGGGGGAAAGGAAAACGCACAACUCCAAUGAACUCUUUGUGCCUUGGCUUUUUAUAUUUUUAACUGAUGAAAUCUUGUUGGAUGACACGGAGAAAAACCCACCUGUUGGACAAUCAGCACUGCAUCCACAGGAGAUAAACACUUCUUCUACGCUCCUACGAUACAAUCCGUCGCUUUAGAACGUACCGUAGAACCAGGCUGGUUCUACGUUCCAACAUCUCCGUACGUCUACUGGUCGUCACUGGAUCUACAGUUUCUUUGCUGCCUGUAUGAGUUUUAUUUGCUAUAAUUAGUUUUGUUAGAUCUUUUUUGAUGUUGCGUUGUUCUGGCAGUUGUCACUUUGCUCUAGGCAAGUUGUUUUUAUAGGCUUUUUCAGUAUAAGGGGGAUGAAAUUUAAUAUGAAAUGCAGAUUAAAACUCGCGUCUUCCACCAAGUAUUGACCUAAAGGGCCUUCCAGGUUUCUUAUAACAAAAUGUUUGUGUUUCUACUACCAGUAAAGAGAAUGUAUCACAUUAAAAUCUCCUGAAAACGUAUUCAUAUAUGUGGGUCAAUCUAUAAAAAUAACUUUUUAAUCCUGGUUCUGGUACUGUUAUUUCCUGUUUUCUAGCCUGCUGUCUUGCUUAUUAUAGUGCUGCUAUGGACCUAAAGGGAACUUUAUAUUUUCAACCUACAAAAAAACUGUGAAUAUUGAAUGUGCUAGAUUAUUCCGGCAGUUUUUAACUUCCAUUACUAACUCGACACGCACUGGAAACAGAUGCCUUUUAUACUUAUAUUUUUUUGAGAAGAAAAAAAAAGGGAGAGCAGUUUCUAUUAAAGUAAAUGCGUGAAUGUUUACAUUGUUACCCAAGUGUUUUAACUUUUCUACUGACUUGUAUCUCUAUUUUUUAGAAUGAAUUCUCUUGUAUGUAAAUGCUGCCAUAUACUAUAGAGUUACUGUAUGUAGCAUUCAUGUAAAUAAUGUAUACAUUUUUAGGCUCUUAUACUAAGAGUCUCGAUUCCUUUUUUUUUUUUGAUUAAAAAAAAUCUUUGUUAUGGCAUUCAUGACAAUAUUAAUAAAAAGUACAAAUCCUUUUUCA